AUGUUGAAUACCAAUCUAGAGGAGGUCGGAUCAACAACAGCAAAUCAGGUUUAUGACCUCAAAAAGGAAGUUGAAGAUCUCAAUAAGAUAUUCUCCCUAAAGGAAACUCAACUUGAGGAUACUGAGCGAGAGAUGGUUGGUAUGCUAGAGCAGAAGGCAGAUCAAUGGAGGGAGGAGCUGAAAAAGAUGGCUGCCGACUGGAAGGAUGAGCUGGAGAGGAUGGCUGCGGAUUGGAAGGAUGAGCUUAUCGAAAGCAUUCUUAAUAGGAACCCCAGUCAUGUUUCUCUGCGAUGGAGACACAGGGAGGUGGAGUGA